AUGGAGCUCACGUGGCUGGCCGACUCUCCACAGACCCGCUGUCGGAAGAGAGCAUUAAGGGCCUGCGAUCGCUGUCAGCGGAGUAAGAAACGCUGUCAUCAUGUUGACAUGCAGCAGAAUCCCAGUCGUGUGCGGCGACGUCAACCUGCAGGAGAUUCCAAGGAAACUCGUCCCAGAGCAUCCUCGACUCACAUCCCGACGAGCACUAUUGUGCCCGGCCGAUUUGUUGGAGAAAUGAACCCUGAAGUAGUCAUUCGAGAGAGGCUGGUGGUGGGUCCUAGUUCGACUUCACUACGCGACCGCGUGGGGCUCUGGAUCCCAUUCUCGGCCAUGGAAAAUGGCCGUGCAUUGCUGGAAGAAGCUGCCAAUGCCGACUAUAUACCCUCAAUGCACCAACAAAUACCUCAGGCUCCCGACGUGUAUACGGCCCAGGUGUUCGAAGGCUUGGUGCGUCGGCGCUGCGAGUCUGCACUUCAAGCGUCGAAGCCACUGCCCGCAGCCACCCGCGCUCCUUUAUUUGCCAUUUACUUUUCGCAGGUUCAUCCGGUCCUGCCUAUUAUUGAGGAGGACUUGGCGGUGGCAUCUCCAUUUCUGGAGCGGGCCAUUUGCCUCGUCGCCGCCAAGUCUAGAGCCGCCGCCCCCCAUCUUUAUCUGUCCGAGAGCAGUGCCUUGUCCUCGCCUCGCGGCUUCUGCACUGCACUCUACAAUGGCUUGAAAGAUGCAAUCCUCGAGGGAUUGGAGCGAGAUCGUUUGACGCGGAUCCGAGUGCUCGCCUUGAUAGCCUUGCAUUGUGAAGACUCGGAAGGGUCUGAGACUGCAUCCAUGCAUUUGUCGCAAGCAAUUCACCAAGCGCACACAAUCGGUUUGCAUCUCAAGCAACCGGGCGGAGGUGACCAGGCUCGAUCUCGCUUGUUCUGGUGCCUAUGGACUCUUGAUAAGCUUCUGGCGUCGAUGUUCGGCCGGCCGGCCUUGAUUCUCGAUCAAGAUAUCAGUAUCGAAAGACCCUCCACCGCAUCGAACCCAGUCAAUACGCCGAAAACUGCGUUUGAGAUAUGGUUCUUUAUUUCGGAGCUACUUUCGGACGCCAUCCGACUCUACAGACCCCGUAACGAGAGUCCCGUGGAGCCAGGAAUCCUCACUAGCUUUGAAGAUAUUGUCGGGUCUAAUAUCGAAAAGCUGGAUUUCACCACCCUAGCAUUCCUGGAACUCUAUUACCACGCAGUCGCAAUUGUAUUUCAUAAAACCUUAGAGCACGCGACUCCCAAUCAACAGAACCUCGCACGCAAUCAACGAAGUCUAGCAGCAAUCCGUGCCCAAUCGAUUAUCUCCCGCGAAUGCACGCAAGAGCUGCCACCGCUGCCCAUUAUUUCAUACGCACUAUCGCUGUCCAUGAGCGUCUCCUACCGACAAUAUCGGUCAAGCAAGCUCAUCACGCACCGAAAACGAGCCGUGGCCGACAUCGAAGCCUGCUGUGCACUGCUCGAGCAUCUGAGUGCUUCGUGGUACUCUGCAGAAUCAAUGGCUCGCCUGGGGCGAAAGGCACUGCAGCAGAUCCACGAAAGUGACCCCAGCCUCUGCGAGGAUACACAUGGAGCGUCUGUUUUGCAAUCUCCACAGCUCGCUCGAAACAAACGCCCCGGGGUCAUCGCUGCUCGCGACGCAGUUGGCGAUCACCCUGGUCCGAUGGACUCGGGUUAUGCACCCGUCGCCCCCGAGCCAGUGGAGUGUGGCACCCAGGAACUACACGAUUGGGAGAUUGGGAACAUGGCUGAUUUGGACAUUUUGUUUGAUGAUUUUCUGGAUCUAUCGCUACCAACCAAUCUCUGA